CUUGUGAGGUUAUAUCGAUGCGGUAUUGUAUUUUGAUUUUUAUAGGGGUUAUGAAGGUAUCGAAAAAUACCGGUAUAAGUCCCUGGUUGUAAAAAAAACAUAAUUUUCAGUCCAGAUGGAAAGCUCGAUAUUCAAACUUCCGUGAUUCUUUCAGUAUUAAAAAUUACGUAAAAUUUUGUUACCACUAAGGAAAUACGAAAUCAUUCGUGUUACUGUGCCUUAACCAUCACGGUGCUCGUAAAUAAGUUAAAAAUGUCGAAAAUAAAUUUAUGACAAGUGUAUUCAACAACCUGAUUCAUUACUUUUGUUGAAAUAUACAUGAUACUAUGGACACCAAUAACGGCGACGAUGAGGAUGAAGAUAUUGUCAUACAAGGUAGUUCAUUGUAUGAACAUUUACAUAAUUUAGGUUACACAGAUUUUGAGAGUGUAACCAUACCCAAAUCGACGCCUAAGAACGAAGAAAAAAGUUUCAGAUUUAUUGAUUUUAUACAUUCUGCAAAAAAUGUUUUUAAGAAACUGUUCGUUGUAUGCUUGAGAAUAAUUCAGGUAAAGGAUGAUAACAUAUCCAAGAAACAAGUAGGAACCAUUUUAACCGCAAAGGUUCUUUUAAAUGAUCAUGCAUGUAUAAUACACGAUUACUUUGACAAAUACAAUUGUAGAUCAUGGAGGACUAUGCUAUUGAAAUUUUUUUUAUUAGGUGCAGCUUUAUCGCCUUCGUUGUAUAUUCCGUUCGGUACACGAUAUAGAAAUUCAACAAAUUUAUUUGCGCUAUUUACAUUGUUUUAUGUCAGUUACGUCGAAUAUUCGAGAGUACACGCGCACAGAAAUUUGAAAUCUGUUGUCUCCUUGCAAAACGAUUUAUUCGAACUUUAUAAGAAAGGGCUUAAAAUUUUAAAGUAUGGAUAUAAGAUGAAGUUGAACAGAAGGAAAUGUUCUCAGCAAUUUAACGAUCUUACAGCCAGUAGACUUAAUUAUUUGCAACCCAUAAUGGAAAAUUUAGUGAAAUGUUUGGAGCACUCUUCGUACACAUAUUAUCGUGUCUCUCUAAUUCUUGCGAAGUUAUUACCGAUAAAUGUGAUCGAAGAAGAUUUAUUAACGAGAUUUGAGAUCGAGUCGUUUGAAAUACGGGGUGAAAUAAAUUAUCAAAAAUUGAAGAAUUUAUAUGAUACUUAUAUUCUUACACAAUCAGAAAUGUUGCAUUUGCUAGCUAUUGGAUACGAUAGCCAUACUUGGCAAAAAUCGUACAGCAAGAUUCCUGAAUUGAAACUAGCUUACAUAAUUAAUUUUUUACUGAAAUAUUUGACAAUGUAUAAGAACAAAUUGUUGAAAAUCAUCGAUGCCUAUUACGCUUUUAAAAUAGAACCAACAAUGUAUAGGUACAGAGGAUCGACUGUGUCGCAUUGGCAAGACUUGUACAUGCAUUUGUAUUUAGCUUCCAAUAAGUUGCAACUAGCUUACGGUCACAUAUUAUCGAUACUCCAUGAUAUCGAUAAUAACGUUAUCGAAACCGUGGCGCACGAAAAUUUUAUAGAAAGUACAAUGCAAAGGCUGAACGAAAUGAAGAAAGAUAUUGAGACUGCAAAAGAUUUUGUUGAAUUCAGUAGUAUAUUCCUUGUAAAAACGCGGACCGAUAAUCAUGCAAAUAAUUAUUCGGAGAUAAAUGUGUUAACGCCAGUUGCGAAUGUCGAUAUGCCUAUUGUGCAUGAUUCAGAGCCAGAAAUUAUGGACGAAGUAUUCGAAGAGUACAUUAAGGAAGAAUACCUGAAACCUUUGAGCGAAGAAUGUGACGAGAUGUCGUAUAGUUAUAAACGGGACAAAUCAUUGUUUAAGAAUUUUAUGACCGAAUUAAAAGAUGCUUUGAAAGACAAGCAAAAGUCUAUGUCCGAAAGGGAAUUAAAAGCACUUGAAAGAAUGCGUAAAAAUAUAGUAAAUGAAGCUAAUUCAACACCUCCGCCAAUGCCUUCGUUUAAAUCACUUGGAACGAUGGAACUGGAACAAGUUGAUCAAACUUGUAACGAUAAAGUUAACACGCAGAAUAGACUGUCCGAAGAAUCGAAAAUUGUUGAACCAAUGCUCGAAAACAAACAGAAUUUGGAAAAAAGUGAUCUAUGCAAUUCUUUCGACGAUGAUAAAUCUCCAAUUCCCGCAAUACCUCUGCAAAAAAAUACAGGAUUUUCCUUGAUUCUCCCGCCGCCAUUUUUAAAAGCUAGCGAAGAAACGUUUGCAGGCAGUGGUGAAAACUCUGAAGAAGAAAUUAUUGAAACGGAGAAUGAAAACUAACGAGACAAUAGGUAUUUAUUAUGUAAAUAAUUUUUUAAAAGAAAUCAAGUACUUCGGUUGAAAAAUAACAAAGGUAAACAAAAUUCUUAAUGGGGACAUUGGUUUAUAUUAAUUGGAUUUGAUGUAAUAAUAUAUAUAUACAUUUGUAGUUUGUUCUAAACCUGUAUUUCCUUUGCUUACAAAACUAAGUAUUGGUUCAAGUAAUUUAUUCAUGAUUAUUUA